AUGCCUCAGGUAAGCAGACAUUCUGCAACAACAAUCACAACCCUCCUCUUCGACUGCGACAACACGCUCGUGCUCUCCGAGGAGCUCGCCUUCGAGGCGUGCGCGGACCUCAUCAACGAGAUCUGCGAGGGCCGCCAGAUCGAGCAGCGCUUCACGGGGGAGAAGCUCAUCGUCGAGUUCGUGGGCCAGAACUUCCGCGGCAUGAUGAUGGGCCUGCAGAAGCGGUACGGCUUCGAGAUGGAGGCCGACGAGCUCGAGACGUACGUCCGCCGCGAGGAGGACGCCGUCAUCGCCAAGCUCAAGGCCGCGCUGAGGCCGUGCCCCGGCGUCGACGACCAGCUCGAGAGGCUGCAGGCGGAGGGCAAGUACAAGCUCUCCGUCGUGUCGUCGUCGGCCAAGCGCCGCGUGUGGGCCUCGAUCGUGAAGGUCGGCCAGGACAAGUACUUCAAGGAGGAGGAGGUCUUCAGCGCCGCCACGUCGCUGCCGAAGCCCACCAGCAAGCCCGACCCGGCCAUCUACCUGUGGGCCAUGGAGAAGCUGGGCAAGAAGCCCGAGGAGUGCGUCGCGAUCGAGGACUCCAAGAGCGGUACGCUCAGCGGUACCAGGGCCGGUAUCAAGGUUAUCGGGUACGUCGGCCCGUACCCGGAUGACAAGAAGGCGGAGAUGGAGAAGGUGCUGCGGGAUGCCGGUGCCGUUGUCAUCAUGCAGGACUGGACGGAGUUCCCCGACGUUCUGGCCAAGAUCGAGAGCGGGAGCGUCUGA